UUUCCUUGGCAGCUCAUGUCCUGAUUAUGUCUUUUCUGAAAAUUAUAAAUCAUUCUAAGCCAAAGGUAUCGGAGGUGCUUACGACCUACUUGAAGCAAUGCAACGAACCCCCCUGGACUUCCUACUUUAUAAAGUACCGUGAUGUUAUGAACGACCAUUUUGGACGAUCUCACUUCAACUGGACCUUGGAUUCGGGAACCAAUUACCACAUUUUGCGAACUGGAUGUUAUCCCUAUAUGAAAUAUCAUUGCACAAAACGAGCCUGGCAGGACCUAACCAUAGAGAAUAACUUUUUCAAGUUCAUUAAAGUGAUCAACCUGGGCCUUCCACAGCUUGGCUACGGGUUAGCGGCUCGCUUCCUAAUUCGUCACAUUGAAUGGGUGGACAUGGGGGAAAAGUUUGGUAAGGUCCCAAUAUACUUUCUGUACGAGGAAGAUAAGGGUUCAAUGUACUAGUGUAGUCAGUCAACAAAAUAAAUCCAGUCAUGUGAAAAAUCUU